UUUGCUUGUGAGGCAGGCUGUGGAACCACUGAGCUACAUCCCUGGCCCAUCUGAGGGAAUUUUAUGUAAUAUUUUUUGUGCACCCGUGUUCACCACAACCCCUUACACGAGGCUAGCAUUUACUACUGGGUCCAUUACAUCCACCAUUUUGAGGAUUGUUGUUUUUCCUGACUGGACCAGACCCAGCGCGUCACAUGCUAGACAGGCACACCGCCCUCUACACCCAGCUCAGGUCUGGACAGCUCAGCUGCAGACCGCUCACCCGGCAUGCAGGAGGCACGGGGUUCCCUCCCCAGCGCCAGACGAAGCAGUACGUACCAUGACAUCAUCCGCUGGUUCGUCCAGACCUUCAAGUAUGCAUUCGGCCUGCGCUUCCAGGUCAAGGGCGGACAGAAGCUGGAGGUGGAUGGGCCCUGCGUCAUCAUCUCCAACCACCAGAGCAUCCUGGACAUGAUGGGCCUCAUGGAGAUCCUCCCCGAACGCUGCGUCCAGGUCGCCAAGCGGGAGCUGCUAUUCCUGGGCCCCGUGGGCCUCAUCAUGUACCUGGGUGGCGUCUACUUCAUCAACCGCCAGCGCUCCAGCACCGCAGUGUCCUUGAUGGCGGAGCUGGGCGAGGACAUGAUCAGGGAGAAUCUCAAAGUGUGGAUCUACCCCGAGGGCACGCGCAACGACAACAGGGACCUGCUGCCCUUUAAGAAGGGCGCCUUCUACCUGGCCGUCCAGGCCCAGGUGCCCAUCAUCCCCGUGGUGUACUCCUCCUUCUCCGCCUUCUAUGACCUCCAGACAAAGCUCUUCACCUCAGGAACAGUCCAGGUGCAGGUUCUGGAUGCCGUGCCCACCCGUGGCCUCAGCGUGGCUGAUGUCCCCAAGCUCGUGGACACCUGCCACCAGGCCAUGAGGGCUGCCUUUCUGCAGAUGUCCACCGGGCCCCAGGAAAAUGGCCCCAGGGCCCAGCCAGCCCAGUAAUCUGGCCAUGGUGGGGUGGGGACGAGGGAGAGGCAGAGACUGCGAGUGGACAGCGGGGACCCAGGCUGCUGAACACCGCCACAUCAGCUCCCGGCUCAUUCUGGCCUUGGCAGCUGGAGGCCCCGGAUCAAGGCCCCCAAGUCCCCUCUGGAGUCUGCUGGACCCCGGCCGGCUCUGGGCAGGGACCCCCACCCUCUCGCCCAUCCCUCCAGGAUCCAGACGGGGCCGAGUCGCCAGGCCCUGGGGUGCCCCAGGAGUGGCUGCAGUGGCCACCACAGGCUCUUGGGGCCUCUGGGUCUGAGCCACAGCCUGUAUCAGGCCUUCAGGGAGAUGGGGGCUCAGGGCCAGGCCUCCUGGUGCCACAUCACCAGCCUCAAGGACUGUCUGUGGCACCCGCACUGCACAUGGCUCACUUUUAUAAAUGAACUCUGGUAAGUGC